AGGAAUGCAAACAAUGAACCUCCAAAAGCUGCCUAUUUCUGACAUGUGUAAACGUAGGGAAGAUCCGAAGAUGGACAAACAUCAUGACGACUGACGAGACGGCGAGCGCGAGACCCUUUUAUAUUAAGAAAGUGUCCCGUCGGCCUUAUAUCAUCCUUGGAGUCUCAUCAGCAAAACGGUACAACCAUGAUCGGAUUCCUCUCUAUCCUCUGCAAAUCGAACAGUCUCAGGAGCCACAGUUCGAAAAUAUCACAUUUGAUCCAAAAUUCGUCCUCUAAAUCCAUUUUCAGGUCUACCCAUCUGUCUAAUCCAAUCAACAAUAGCAUUCCCUCCUCAAUUCAAUUCAAUUUCGGCUCCCCAAUCUCUUCAGCUUCUUUUUUCUUGCCUGGGUUUUCUGUAAAAGGCUUGGCCUUCACAAAUUGGGCAGAAAAGGGAGAUGGGCUUUCCUUGUUUAGCAAUUCUAGUUUGAGAUGUCCAUUCAAAGAAGGAGCUGGGUUUCUGCGACUUCGCAGUUCGGCUGGAGGGUCGAGAACUUUCUCUAGUGAAUCCGAACGGGAGUCCAUAAAUUACGAUGUUGUCAUUGUGGGAGCUGGGCCCGCUGGGUUGUCGGCGGCGAUCCGUUUGAAGCAGCUAUGCCGAGAAAAGGAUGUUGAUUUGUCCAUCUGUGUCGUCGAGAAAGGUGCUGAAGUGGGUGCUCAUAUCAUAUCGGGGAAUGUUUUUGAGCCUCGUGCACUUGAUGAACUUUUUCCACUGUGGAGACAGGAGGAGUCUCCAGUCUGUGUUCCUGUUUCUUCUGACAAAUUUUGGCUACUGACAAAGGAACAUGCAUUUUCACUUCCAAGUCCUUUUGAUAACAAAGGAAAUUAUGUAAUAAGUUUGAGCCAGUUAGUACGUUGGAUGGGAACGAAAGCAGAAGAGUUGGGAGUUGAAAUAUACCCAGGCUUUGCAGCUAGUGAGAUCUUGUAUGAUGCAAAUCACAAGGUUGUGGGAAUUGGAACUAAUGAUAUGGGCAUUUCUAAAGAUGGUUCAAAAAGGGAAAAUUUUCAGCGUGGUGUUGAACUAAAAGGGCGUAUUACACUUCUUGCUGAAGGAUGCCGAGGCUCUUUAUCAGAGAAAAUAAUAAGAGAUUACAAUCUGAGAGAAAAAGGGAAUGCACAACAUCAGACAUAUGCUUUAGGCAUUAAAGAGGUAUGGGAAAUUGAUGAAGGCAAGCAUAAACCUGGUUUUGUGCUUCAUACAGUGGGAUGGCCAAUAGACAGUAAGACAUAUGGGGGUUCCUUUCUGUACCACAUGAAAGAUAGACAGAUUUCUAUUGGCCUUGUGCUUGCCUUGAACUAUCGCAAUCCUUUCUUGAACCCAUAUGAGGAAUUCCAGAAACUCAAACACCAUCCUGCAAUCAAACCUAUAUUGGAAGGUGGAACAGUUCUGCAAUAUGGUGCUCGAACUUUGAAUGAAGGCGGUUUUCAGUCUAUUCCCUAUCCAGUUUUCCCGGGAGGAGCAAUUGUGGGAUGUUCUGUUGGCUUCUUAAAUGUGCCAAAGAUAAAGGGGACACAUACUGCAAUGAAAUCAGGAAUGCUAGCAGCAGAAGCUGUAUUCCAUACACUUCAAGAAGGUUCUAGUAUGGAAGCAUAUUGGGACAAUUUAAAGAAGUCAUGGGUAUGGGAGGAACUCUAUAGAGCACGGAAUUACCGUCCGGCAUUUGAGUAUGGGAUGAUCCCAGGUUUGGCUUUAUCUGCAUUGGAACACUACAUUCUGAAAGGAAGGUCUCCAUUGACAUUAAAGCAUGGGAAACCUGAUCAUGAAGCAACUGAUGUUGCAAGUGUACACUCUCCGAUUCACUACUCAAAGCCAGAUGGAUUGGUGUCAUUUGAUGUUCCAACCUCUUUAUACAGGAGCAACACAAACCAUGAACAUGACCAACCAGCCCAUCUUCAUCUGAGGGAUCCAACAAUACCCGAACGUGUAAAUUUGCCAAAAUAUGCAGGACCUGAGUCACGAUACUGCCCUGCACGCGUAUACGAGUAUGUCAUUAAUGAGCAAGGUCAGCAAAAGUUGCAAAUCAAUGCUCAAAACUGCCUCCAUUGCAAGGCAUGCGAUAUCAAGGACCCAAAACAAAAUAUUGAGUGGACAGUACCAGAAGGAGGCGGUGGUCCAGGAUAUUCAAUCAUGUAGAUUCCCCAUCUUUUCAAUUUUCUAAUGUAAAUAAUUAUGUUCUGCUAUUCCUCUCUAACUAUGAUGCCAUAUUCCUUUAUCUUCUCUGGAGAGAGAAAUAGAAGGGGGGUGAGGGAGGUAAAACCCCAAAUAAUGUAAAGCAUUUCCUUUUGGUCAGUUACAUAAUGCAUGACUGGUGGUUCUAGAAGAGGUAUUGUUGAAAGGUCUCUCAACAAUUUAAAUUGGUCCAACACUCCAACUUCCAGGAGUGCCCUUAGUAAUCGAAUUUGUUCUACUUGUGGUCCGGCCUAGAUGAUCAAUGGUGGAAGAACUGGAAAUCCCAUUUUGAAAUUAA